AUGGCUCAAGACGACCACGCCCAGAGUCACGGCAACUCUCCCAGCAUACCUUCAGCUCCUGGAUCUGCUUCUUCUCCAGCUGCUGCCGUGUCUGCCGUUGGUCUAGCUUCUCCACCACCCGCUGCUACUGCCACUGCCACUGCCACUCCUCCUCAUCCUGCUGGUGUUGUCGCUGCUACUACUACUACUACUACUACUACUACUACUGCUACUGCUGCUGCUGCUGCUGUUCCUGGUGUCGCUGCCGUCUCUACCGUCUCUACCGUCUCUACCGUCGACGCAUAUCUCCUGUCCGUCACUCCCGCGACCGACCCGACACUCUCUACCGCCGACGUCGAUCACAACGCUGCUUCCUCCACAGCUUCCUCCGCCUCUGCUUCGGCUGCCCAGUUCGCGGGCCCUCAGCAAAACGGCGACAGCAGGGCCUCCGAGCCCGAGCCCGAUCCGACUCCUGACACCGAAAUGUCGAACCAAUACCCGGGUGCUCCCCAUGGCCAGCCUGUGAGCUAUCCGGGUCCCUCGAGCCCGUACCCUUCGGCCAUUGGCAUUUCCACCGCACAGUAUGCAUCGUAUCCUGCGACUACACAGCCUCCCGACAGCUACCGACAGAACCCCCUUCCCGUGGGGAGCAAUAUCAUGUCGCUGCCGAGCAUGAGAACCAUUGACUCGAUUCCACAACAACCAGGCCCGUCUGCACCACCACCCCAAGUCAUGGCGAUGAGCAUGCCUAUGGCUCCUGUACAGGGAGGAGUUGCGUUUUAUGGGCAUCACGGAAUGCCCAUGGCUCCAGGCUACGGCCUUCCGUCGGAUCCCAUGGCCCGCUAUGCCCUUCCUCACGAUCCUCGCCUCAUGGGCCAUCGAGGUCCAAAGAAGUGCGACGAGACACACCCGACCUGCAACAACUGCAAGAAGUCGAAGCGCGAGUGCUUGGGCUACGAUCCCAUCUUUCGACAGCAACCAGGCAGCCAAUCCUCGUCCAGCAUCCAGCCCGCGCCGCUGAGCCAACCCACCACGCCGUCCAUCCCAAGCUCCGUGCCGUCGGCCAUUCCGUCCUCCCUCUCCUCGUCCCUCUCCUCGAACCCGGCUCUCACCGCCCGAUCCACAAACUCGUACGGCAGCCAGCCGUCCAUGCUCCCAAGCUCAUACGCUGCCCACGCUUCCACCGCCAGCCCAAAUCCAUCCAUCACCUCUCUCAGCUACGACCAGACACUCUCCACCGGCACCUUGACACCCGCCAAGUCCGAAACCGGCUACGAGUACUCAACUGCCAUCGACCCGGCCCUCCAGACGUUCCAGUCGUCCGUAUCAUCCGUUCAGGACAACUCGAGGGUUUCUACAGCCAAGAAAAUGAAGAUCGAUGAGAUUAUCGACCUGCUGGGUCCAGGCCCCCCAGCCCAGCAGAUCAGUCACACCGAGGAGAUGUUCAACGAGAUUACCAAAGUUUAUCACGAGAUGUACGCCCCCGGGCUCAGUUCCUUCUUCGAGACAAGUUGGUAUUACUUUGCGGACAACGGGAAGAUGAGCUUCCCUCGGGACAUCAAACUGGUCGAGCUCAUGGCAUCGUUCCUCAAGAUUCUAGAAGCUGUCAGGGCCAACGACCACGCCCAGAUGGCCUACUCCGGCAUCCUUGAGACGAGAAUUGUAUGGGAGCUGGCGCGCGUUUCCUACCAGACUCCAGACAUGCAACCUACCAUUGGGACGCUGCCCCGCGAGGGUGACGCGAAUGAGACAAAGAGCCGGGUUCGAGUGGUUGAGGCCCUCCUGUGCGGAGACUACCUGGCCAUGAACCCUCUUUCUCCUCCCGCUCAAGACCCGGACCCUCAUCGCACCCGUCAAUUCGACUUCUGGUACAACUUGGCAGAGUUUGUUCGGACUCAAGACAACUCUAACACGCCAGAAGCAGCCAAAGCGAGAGAGGAUGUGUUGAGUCGGUUGCGCCAUCUACUGGACGGGCGCGAGAACCGAGAUGUUCUUUACUCGAUCGCGGUAGUCAGAGAAUUGGCGCCAAAUUUCGAACCGGGCUACAGCAAUUCACUGCCCCAGCAUCUGGAUGAGACUGAUCCCAAGAACAGACUGGCUGUCGCAUCCAAGUUUAUUCUUGACGAGUCUCAGGUUACCGGCGGGACAACCAACGUGGUUCGACGAUUCAGCGAUAUUGCAUCUAGAGCACUUGUCAAUCCUGGCGUUAACAUUGUCAGAAGGACCUAG